CUUCCCACAAUAAUGAGAACUAUUACACAAAAUGUUCCAUAACCUUUUUGCAUAAUGAGUUGGAAAUGGAAAUUUAACACACUUAAAUUCGAUAUAGGAGAAAAUUAUUACUUACGAAUUUCCGCAUUCGUUACGUAAAUGUUCCUCAAGCGAUGGCACUUAGGUGUUUUAUGCGUAAUUUAUCAAUUUUACCAAAACGCAUGUUGAGACCAAAUAAUGUUAAUUGUCGCAUAUUUUCUACAACAAGCCCGCUCACAAACAAAAAACAAAUCGAGGUGACAUUUCUCAAAGCCGACGGUGAACGACUUAAAGUAAAGGCAAAUGUUGGUGAUACAUUAUUAGAUGUAGUUGUUAAUAACAAUGUAGAUUUAGAAGGAUUUGGUGCAUGUGAGGGGACGCUCACCUGCUCCACCUGUCAUUUAAUAUUUACGCAGAAGGAUUACGAUCAACUGCCGGAUAAACCAACAGACGAGGAGUUGGAUAUGUUAGAUUUAGCCUACGAACUAUCGGAUACGUCAAGGUUGGGAUGUCAAAUUAUUUUAAGUGAGUCUAUGGAAGGACUUGAAGUUAAAGUUCCUGCUAGUAUACAUGAUGUUAGAGCAGAAUGAAUAUAAUCAUUAUGGCAACUUUUUCUGUUUUAAAAACACAGAUGUACAAAAUAUAUACUUUUGGUAAGAGACUUUUUACUAAUAAAGAGCAAAAAGUAAAAUUAUA